AUGGCUAGUCCUGGGUACAGUAUGGAUGCGAUAGGUCAUCCUGUCCCGGCGAAGGGGGAUGAGCACCCUCACAUGCUGUCCUACCAUGACAUGACUGCUCAGCCAAGACCAGCGAAUAUUCAGUGCCCUCCGUCGACGGCGUUCAACCCGCCUUUCACUCACUUUGCGCUCAUGUACGUCGACCGCAAUGGUGAGCUCCAGGUAGACGCAUCGCCUUCACUCCUGGGCUAUGAGAGAUCCAUCUUCACACAAGAGGUGAGAGAUCGCUUCCUCAAGUCCACGAGCUUUGGAUGGCAGGCCAAUUUGCCCAGUUUCCACUCCAGCUCCGUCAGUCACAUGGACGGCGAUGUCACGGGGAAGCAGCCUUAUGUCUUUGGCAUGCAACAGAAUGCCUCAGGCUGGUACGGUGCGCCGGGCCCCGCAAGAGCUGCACCUACUGGUCUCAUUCCCUCACUCCGAGUAGGGGACAAGGAAACCCUUCGGAGCUACUACGACAAGGCAUUCGAGAACUUCCAGCAGCUCAAUUGUCGCGCCAUUGCAAAGGCCUUCGUCAAGCUGGUGGAACCUCGCAAGCAGGUGAAUCAUCCGUAUAAUGGACGCAAGACGGCCGCAGGGUUGUCUCAGCGCGUGGACCCGGAAUUGACAAAGCCUCAAUGGUGGCCAGCGGGGGUGACACACAAGGAGCCAGACCAUCUCCUCAAAUCGGACCGAAUUCGUCUCCUAGUACAUAUUCUAUGCGAGCUACGAGAGUCUCAUGGUAUCACAGCCGACAAGCUGAAAGAUGCAGGCCAGGACGUGCGGCGCCAGAUCAUGCCCGCGGAGCGUAUACAAGUCUUGGAUGAGAUUUACUACGUCCGGGAUAUGGAAGAAAUGUACUUGGAUGGAAAGAUCAGUGCCGAUACUGUGGUCCACGUUUCUCAUGUCCACAUGGGCGAAGCUGGCGCCUCGGAGCUCGAAGAUGGAGCCACGACAAGUCUUCAGAGUCUGCCCGUUCCCAUCAUCACAGUGAAGUCGGAUGCAUACAACCGACCAGAUCCGCACCAACCGAAUAUCGACCCUAGCCUGGACCCGCAUUCGACGCGCAAGGGAGGAUUUCUGCCUCCUUCUCCCGUCUCGGUCCCUUCCGUCAGUCGGAAAAAUUCCCUGGACAGCAGCGUCUCCACUUCCUCCUCAGAUCUUGUUUCAUCGAUGAUGACUUCUGCAGAACCCGGACGGACUCUCUACGCACCAAAGGACGUGCAUACCACCGGGGCGACCUGUCUACCAGAGUAUUUUGCACAGCACCAGUCUACAGCUCACAAUACACAGCCCGGGUUUUGGGAUCCACUGCACUCUAGCCAGCCCUCGAUCUCGUUUCAUGGAUAUUAAACAUUAGCCUCCCGGUGGGCAUGUGAUAGGUGUUUUGGUUUCUGGUUUUAUGCAUUUUUGGGGUAUAUCUGAUUAGCCUUGUUGUCUAGUGGGGUUCUGGAACAUUCUUGGAGUGGAUGUAUUGAAAGAAAGAAAUAUAGGAUAGAUAGAUCGCGAAACAUACAAGUAUCCUGACUUGGCGCUUUGCAGAUUAAUAGCAAGUUUAUAUUAAUUAUGACAGAAGUACGGAGUAGAAUGAUAGCGUGGAGAGCCUGCCUGCCACUCUACUAGCAGAUGUUCCACUCGAUCUAUAAACUUGUUGACGCUUGGUUAAUGUACGGAUGAUAUCAUAUGGUUAUAUCACGUCGUGAUCUUGUUUGCAGCCGUGAUUGAACUCUUUUGGAUCAGAUUAGAUAUCAAUCUUCUUCUCUGAGCCCAAAGAUCUGUGAUCUAAGUUAUAUCUCUA